AUGGGCGUGGCAACUCAUGGAGGAGGGAGAAGAAUCUCCGAUAUACCCUACUCUGUCUCUUCUCUCUCGACGGCGUCCGCCGGAGGCCACCAGCUACCUCCGGCGCCUCAAGCCAUAACCUCAGGCAUACCGUCCGCCGUCUUCGCCGCCAGAAAGUGCAGUAGCUCCGGAGAAGUGCACCUCUUUCCCAGAUAUUCUGGGAGAAUUAUGGCGAAAAAGGUGAAAAAAGCUAGAACUGGACAGAAAGAUAAACGGGGUCCCUUGAAGUCCCCCAAACCGGUUACUGAACUGGGCACUAUUAGUUCUCAAACCCCUGACCAAGGGUCAGCAGGUGUUACGGAUAGAGGAUUAUGUUCCCAUAUUGAUAAAGGAAUCAAUGUGGAUAAACUUGCUGCGAAACUCAAAGCUUCAGGAUCUCUCAAGUGUGAAGACUGUCGGGAACACAUUGUUGAUGGCCGAGGAAAGAAAGGAAAAGGUAAACACGGGAAAAAAGGCGCAAAUUCUAAAUCAGAGACGAAGGCAAUCUGGAUUUGUCUGGAAUGUGGACAUUUUGCAUGUGGAGGUCUUGGGUUACCAACCGUACCUCAGAGCCACGCCAUUCGCCAUUCAAAACAGAAUCAUCAUCCGUUGGUUGUUCAUUAUGAAAACCAUCAGCAAAUAUGGUGUUUCCCGUGCAGUAAGCUAAUUCCCGCUGAGAAAUCAGAUGACAGUAAACAAAAAGAGACCUUAAAAGAAGUUGUGAAAAUAUUGAAACGAAAACCGGAAGAAGGGUCCAAUGUUGAUGUUGAGGAUGUUUGGUUCGGGAGUGGGAGUGUGUCGAGUGCAAUAAAAAUGGAUUACUCCAUUAGCAUUGUUCCUGAUGCAAAAGUUGGCUAUUUGGUUAGAGGUUUGGUUAAUUUGGGGAAUACCUGUUUCUUUAACUCAAUCAUGCAGAACCUAUUAGCUAUACAGAGCCUGAGGGAGUAUCUUGUCAGAUUGGAUGAGUCGGUUGGUCCUCUGAUUGGUGCUCUGAGAAAGUUCUUUCUUGAGAGCAGCUCUGAAGCUGGCUCAAAAGGUGCGAUUAAUCCUCGAUCUUUAUUCGGCACUCUUUGUACCAAGGCUCCCCAGUUCAGAGGAUAUCAACAACAUGAUAGUCACGAGCUGCUUAGAUGCUUGCUUGAUGGUUUGUCCACUGAAGAACUGAGUGCAAGAAAGCUCACCGGCUCAUCUCAGGCUUCAGUCACGAGUCCUACUUUCGUGGAUAUUAUCUUCGGUGGGCAACUCUCUAGUACGGUUAGCUGCCUGGAAUGUGGGCACUCAUCUACUAUAUACGAACCGUAUUUGGAUCUAUCAUUGCCGGUCCCUACCAAGAAGCCCCCUCCCAGAAAGAUUCAACCUGUUACUCGAGGCAAAAAACCAAAAGUGCCCCUGAGAAGAAGUGGAAGUACUCUCUCCAAAUUUAACAGGGAAGCUGAUAAUUUAUCAGGAGGAAGUGUCUCUGCCCAAUCAAUUCAUAACAACUCUUUUGGUCAACUGCAGUCCAUACCUCAGCCGGCAGAGCAAGCGGUGCUUUAUUCAGGUGAUCAUGCCAUAUCAGAUUCCACUGACCCAAAUGCUACAGCUCUUGAUAUGGGUCUUGGAGUUGAUGACAUUUCGGCUAUUCAAAAGUCGGAAACCCAGCAAGUAGUUGAGAAUGCUGGAGAGCAGCCAACCUCUUCUGAUAGUUGUGCAUGGUUGGAUUAUCUUGACCCUGCUCCGGUAACGGGUGAAAUUGAUGUAGCCAUAGAUACAAAGGCCUAUGAAAUUUCAGUGAUCCAGGGUUCUGCAAAUAAAAAUGUUCAGAAUGACUUCUCGUCGUCAGUUACUAUCGACUCUAAGGAUGAGAGUAAUUCAGCAUCUGCUUUUUCAGCAGCCUCUAUAGACUCUGCUGAAAAUUUUCUUAGCCCAAGUGCAUUAAAACAAGACCAAGAUUCUUCCUCCUCUUCUGAGGACAAGCAAAUAGAAAAACCACAAACCUCUGAAGGCCACUCUACCCAGGAAGUUGUUCAGAAUAAUGCUGAUAUAGAUCCUAGUUCUGAGACAUGUGGUGAAGUCUCUCUUACUAGAGAUUCAAUUUUUUUAGAUAGGGAAAACAAAAAUCCUCCUCACCUUCAGGAUUUGGGGGUCAUAUUGCUCCCAUACAAAGAAGUGGCUUCACCUAGUGUUGAGAUAUCGAAAGCAGAAGUUGAGUUCUCGCCAUCUGUACCUGGUGAUGAACAAGAUUCUUCAGAUUUUGUUGGAAUUGGAGAUUUAUUCAAUGAACCUGAGGAUGCCUCGAGCUCGGACCAACCGUCCACUGCAGCUGUUAAAAAGGAAGUUAGCAGCGAGUCUGAUCCAGAUGAGGUUGACAAUGCUAAUGCUCCAGUAUCAGUUGAGAGCUGUCUGGCCCUUUUUACAAAGCCUGAGAUUCUUUCCAAGGACGAGCACGCCUGGCAAUGUGAUAAUUGUUCGAAAAUUCUUAGAGAAAAAAGAAUCAGAUCAAAGAGUAAAUUAAAGUUGUCGAAUGGUUGUGAGGAUGUGAAUAGUGGGAACAGGGACCUGGAAAACAACGAUGUUGGCCCUUGCGAGGAGAUUUCAGAAAAUGGAAAAGGUGUGCUUGGCAAGCAUCCAGAUACCGGAGUAAAUGAGAGUGAUUCCCAGCCAGAAAAUAUGGAACCACGUAAGUUUGAUACUUUUGAUGGACCUCCAGAAUUUUUGAGUUCCAGUAAUCAGAAUGUUAAUCCUGGCCAUGGAGAAAUUGGGUCGGCUAUAAAUGGGUCCGCAGAAAAUGAUCUACUGUCAGCUGAGUGUGACUUGGAAUUAACUGAGCAGGAGGUGGCGAAUUUAGAGAAAUUGAAAGUGAAGAGGGACGCUACUAAGAGUAUACUCAUUAGAAAGGCUCCUCCUGUCCUGACAAUCCAGCUAAAGAGGUUUGGCCAAGAUGGUCGAGGUCGCCUGAGUAAAUUGAAUGGCCAUGUGGUGUUCAAAGAGAUGAUCAAUCUUAAGCCAUACAUGGACCCCAGAUGCAGUGAAGGUGAGACGUUGAAGUACCGUCUGGUUGGGUUGGUGGAGCAUCUUGGAAGCAUGAGGGGUGGUCAUUAUGUUGCUUACAUGAGACGCAAUGAAGAGAGUGGAGAUUGUGUUUGGUAUCAUGCAAGUGAUGCUUAUGUCAGACAGGUUUCCCUGGACGAAGUCCUUCGCUGCCAAGCCUAUAUUUUGUUCUAUGAAAGAACGUGA